UGUCUGACUCGUUUUACUAGCUUGUGAGAGUGAAUUAUCAACGAAGCACACCUGUAGCUGACCAGGUGAUGCUUACAUCUGAUCUUGGUUAUGGCAUAUCAAGGUUUUAGUCAGUCAUCUGGCAGGACCACUAGCCACAGAGCAGUGCUACCAAUGACUGCCACUGUUUUGCCCACCACUGUGUCUCAGCUGCUGUCUGCUGCCUACAUCCACAGUGACACCUUUACUAUCUGUGAUUUGGAACUCAGCCAGGUUUCAGUCGUGGGCAUCGUCAGAGGAUAUGCUCCGUUUGUGACCAAUAUUCAGUACUCUGUGGACGAUAUGACCGGUCCACCUCUGAAAGUGAUGCAGUGGGUCAACGCAGAGGACUGUGCGUUGAUGACCUCUAUUCCAACUGGAGCUUAUGUGAAGGUUAUAGGAAGUCUAGUCUACUAUAGUGGUCAAAGGUCAUUGCUGGCAAAGGAUAUUCGUCAUAUCAAGGACCUGAAUGAGAUCACAUCCCACAUGUUGGAAGUGGUUCAGGCCCAAAUGCAGCUUUUUGAAAAGGUGUUCGAUGUGAACAUGAAUACCCCUGCUGCCUCACUAUCUGGUAGGUUGAGAGGUGGACAUCCUGAAGGCAUGCUGCCAAAUGGCUUGUCCACCACCCAAGGACAGGUGUUGCAGGUCAUCAGGAGGUUCUCCGUCCAUGAACAUGGCAUCAGUUUGUGUGACCUGAAGAGACAGUUAGAUUCCCUCAUGAUGAUGGACAUCAGAACGUCCUUGGCUGUUCUGCUAAAUGAAGGUCAUGUGUUUUGUACCAUUGAUGAGCAUCAUUUCAAGUCAGCAGUCCAGUAGUGUACCCGGAGGCUGGUGGAACCAUCCUGGAUUGUAGCUGAUCUGAGUGUUCACACCACCCACACAGUAAAACAAUCUUAGUUGUUCUGGUUAAAUGUGAUUAUUUAAAAUACUGUAGCUGAUGGUUUAGUCUGUCUUUGUGUACAGCUGAUAGAAGGGGAAAAUAGAGAAACUAUCAUUUGUUGGUUGUUAGUUUGCUGAUGUAUUUCUCGGGCUCCUUAUGUUAAUUAUUAUUUUGUACUGAACUGUGAAAACCCUGAAAAUGAUGCCACAAACGACUGACUACUUAUUAUACCACUUCUUAUAAAGAACUACAGUCCCCAUA